AGUUUUUUUUCUGGUACGGAGGUACGAAGGAAGUAUCCGUUGUUGUGGGUGUCGUCAGAAUCUACUUUGAGGCGCAUAUAUCAUCACUUUUUUUAGAUAAGGGCAUUUUUUUACCUGGCCUCUACAUCCAACCAUAUAUAUCAUCACUAUGUCAUCAUUUUUGCUCUAUCAUACUCCCUCUGUGUCAAAAUAAAUUAACCCUCGUAUUAGGAUGUGACAACAAAUCUGGACAUACUUUAUAUCUGAUUCUAUUUUAAGGUUGGUUUAUUUCGAGACAAAGUGAGUAAAUUGGUACUCAGGUUUUGGGCUGUACAUGGAAUCAUUGAUACUCGUACUGUCCUACAUAGAACUCUCUGGCAGCACCACAGCAUUGGACAUUGCAUCGUUAUAUUUGGCACUUUUGAUUCUUUGUAUAGGUUUAUUUAUUUAUAUGAUUGUUUGGAAUAUGGGAACAUUUCCAAAUUCAUAGAAAAUUGAAUUGUUCCCACACUUGUUCAUUCUGGUGUGUACCAUGGGAUGGUGUUAAAAUUUUAAAUGGUAACUUGGUAAGGGAGUAAAGUACACCAACAAAAAUGUGUAAUGCGUUGGACGAUGCUUUUCUUGCUCACAGACAAAAAAGAAAAAGAAAAAGAAAAAAGCAUCGCCAUUCGCAUGCGGUUCAAUUUUGUCCAAUCACCUGACAUGAUCAUCCCAUUAAUUAAUCAAUCACAGAUUUGCCAUUAUCCACUAUCCACUAUCCAGCCUAAUCGUUGAGUGAAAAUUUGAUGGCAAGAAAGCAUUGACCCUUCAAUUCAACGGCUGGUAGGACCCAGUUGACCGACCCAAUAAAGCUUUCCCUCCAUCUCACCAUUCAUCCAACAUUGCUCUUCAGCUUGCACUUACUGUACCUAGGGGUCCAUCAUUUGAAAAUAAAACGCUAUCAAAAUUGAAAUUUUAAAACUUAAUUUGGAGUUAAUUUUAGGGUGUUUUAACGUACUUCCUUUUUCAGCAUUAACUAUUAAGUCGUUAAGGAUACAUCCAUAAAAUUCUAUCUAUAAAUUAUUUUGAUAAACUAUUAGAGCUUAUAAUCAGCUCUGGGCUAACCGAAGCCGGAAUGAAAUUUCUCCUAUACAGGGUUUGCAAUUUCGCAAUUUUGAAACAGGGGUUUUUACUGGUGGGGGCCGAAUGAACUGAAAUCACCGAAAUUUUGUAAAUUUUGGUAUUUUUUGGCCGAUUUUUUUUUUUGAAAAUUUGACGAAUUUGAAUAAACUUUAAACAAAUUCACAAAACUUUAGAAAAAAACCGAAAAUUUCGAGCGAGAUAUGUGCUUGCAUGUGGGGAGUGAAAUUACCGAUAUUUAAAAAAUUUCCAAAAUUUCAUUCCGAAAUUGCAAACACUGCUCAUAUACCAAUAUACCAUCUAUAAAUAUCUGUCAUUAGCCAUAGCCUCUCUUCAGAACUGGAAGGUUAGCUGGUCCCCAUAUCUAAGCUAGAGCUGUCAUUCACUCAUUCUACACUCCAAAGCAAUUAGUAGCACAGGUUAAUUAGGCACUAAUAUAACCUACUAUCUUGAUUUGAUCCAUGCAUGCAUGCACAUCCUCGUAACCCCGUUGACAAUGCCUAGGUUCCUCGCCAUCCUCUCCGCCAUCGCCGUGGUUGCUAUCUCCGGCCAUGCUCCACCCGCUGCUUCCACCGCCGCCACCGACCGCGCGGCGCUCCUCUCCUUCAGCUCCGGCGUCCAUGGCAACCUCUCCGACUGGGGCUCCCCGGCUGCUGCCAUGUGCAACUGGACGGGCGUCAGAUGUGACAAUCGCUCCGGGCGCGUGACCGGGCUGCUCCUGUCGAACUCCAACCUCGCCGGCGUCAUCUCUCCGGCGAUCGCCAACCUCUCCAUGCUCGAGAGGCUGUAUCUCGACGGGAACCACCUCGCCGGCGGCGUCCCGCCGGAGCUCGGCGCGCUGCCGCGGCUGAGGGAGCUGAGCCUCCACUACAACCUCCUCGGCGGCCAGAUCCCGGAGGCGCUCGGCCGCCUGACGAGCGUCACCUACCUCACCCUCGACGGCAACGGCCUCGCCGGCGGCAUCCCGGAGGCCGUCUUCUGCAACUGCUCCGGCCUGACCUUCAUCGGCAUGAGCGGCAACUCCCUCACCGGCGACAUCCCCCUCCGGCCGCGGUGCCGCGGCCUCCCGGCGCUGAGGCAGCUCAGCCUCUUCGGCAACGCGCUCUCCGGCGUGAUCCCGCCGGCGCUGUCCAACUGCACGGAUCUCCGGUGGCUGCUCCUCCAGGACAACUCCCUCUCCGGCGAGCUUCCGCCGGAGAUGUUCGGCAGCAUGCCGAGCCUCGUCUUCCUCUACCUCUCGCACAACCAUUUCUCCAGCAGCGAUGGCAACACCAACCUCGUGCCGUUCUUCUCCUCCCUGGUGAACUGCACCGGCUUGCUGGAGCUCGGCGUCGCGUCGGCCGGCGUCGGCGGAGAGAUCCCGGCGAUCAUCGGCAACGUGUCGUCGGCCAACCUCUCCUCGCUUUUCCUGAGUGGCAACGAGUUCGUCGGUAAAAUUCCUCCGGCCAUCGGAAACCUUGUCAACCUGACAGAAUUGUGCUUGUUUGGCAACAUGCUGGAAGGGCCGAUCCCGCCGGAGAUACUCCGGCCGCCGCGGCUCGCGCUACUAGACCUGUCGAACAAUCAGAUCGUCGGCGAAAUACCGAGAUCCGUCGGCGAAAGCCAGCGUUUAGAGACCAUUAACCUGUCUCAGAAUAAGCUCCAAGGCACACUACCAGAGUCAUUAUCCAACCUAACUCAAUUGGAUCACCUUGUUCUUCACCACAACAUGCUGUCAGGAACCAUACCACCUGGCCUCAAUUGCAGCCUGAUAUUGGAUCUUUCUUACAAUAAGCUGACAGGCCAGAUUCCUUCAGAAAUUACAGUGCUAGGAAACUUCCAUGUGUAUCUCAACCUCUCUAACAAUCUCUUGGAUGGCCAUGUGCCACUGCAAAUUGGCAACAUGGAAAUGACCGAAGCUCUUGAUCUCUCCAUGAACAACCUCUCCGGCGCGAUCCCGGCGACGAUCGCCGGCUGCGUCGCGCUGGAGUACAUCAAUCUGUCGGGAAAUUCGCUUCAGGGUAGCUUGCCAACCUCCAUUGGCAAGCUACCAAACCUCCAUGUCCUUGAUGUCUCCUCCAAUGGCCUCACCGGCGUUCUUCCACCGUCUCUGCAAGCGUCGCCGGCGCUCCGGUACGCCAACUUCUCCUACAACAAGUUCUCCGGCGAGGUGUCCGGUGAAGGCGCCUUCGCGAACCUCACCGAUGACUCCUUCGUCGGUAACCCCGGCCUAUGCGGGUCUAUCGCCGGAAUGGCUCGAUGCGACCGGAGGAGGCAUGUCCACCGGCGCCUCCUCUGCAUAGUCGCCGUCGCCGUCGCUGUCGUUGCCGGUGUUUCUGCCAUGGCGUUGACAUGGUUGAAGAAGUUGACGACAACCUCAGUCAGUCCACAUCUAAGCAGCGGCGGCGUCAUGGAUGAGAGAAACAGCGAGCAUCCGAGGAUCUCACACCGCGAGCUCGUCGACGCGACCGGCGGCUUCUCGGAGGCGAACCUGAUCGGGAAAGGGGGGUACGGCCAUGUCUACAGGGGCGUUCUCCACGGCGGCACGGUGGUCGCCGUGAAGGUGCUUCGCGCCGGCGAUGAUGUCGUCGUCGCCGGCAGCUUCGAGAGGGAGUGCCGGGUGUUGCGGAGCAUCCGGCACCGGAACCUCAUCCGCGUGAUCACGGCGUGCAGCUCGCCGGAGUUCAAGGCGGUCGUGCUCCCGUUCAUGGCGAACGGCAGCCUCGACGGCCUCAUCCACCCGCCGCCGCCGCCGCCUCCCGGCGGCAAGCCGGCGGCCAAGGCCCACCGGCGGCUGGACCUGGAGCUGCUGCUGAGCAUCGCAGGCAACGUCGCCGACGGGAUGGCGUACCUGCACCACCACGCGCCGUUCGGGGUCGUCCACUGCGACCUCAAGCCCAGCAACGUCCUCCUCGACGACGACAUGACGGCCAUCGUCUCCGACUUCGGCGUGUCGAAGCUGGUGGCGCAGCAGGAGGAUGCCAAAGAUCCAGACGCCAUUGACGACGACGACGACGACGCAUCAUCCACUCCUUAUCCACGCAGCUCCAUCACUCGAUUGCUCCAAGGCUCCGUCGGCUACAUCGCUCCCGAGUAUGGAUUGGGGUGCAACCCGUCGACGCAAGGCGACGUGUACAGCUUCGGGGUGCUGCUAAUGGAGAUGAUCACCGGGAAGCGGCCGACGGAGGUGAUCGCCGAGGAGGGGCACAGCCUGCACGAGUGGGUCAAGAGGCGCUUGUCGUCGGACGACGAUGUGGUCGCCGCCGUCGAGCUCUCGGCGGCGACGUCGCCGCGACAUGAGACGCAUGUCGUGGUGGAGCUGCUUGAGCUCGGCGUCGCGUGCUCUCGGAUCGUGCCGGCGAUGAGGCCCACCAUGGAUGACGUGGCGCAGGAGAUCGCUCGCCUCAAGGACGGUGCUUGGAGGAAGUGUUGCUGCGAGGAUGACAACGACCACUGCAUACGCUCGGAUCCAAGAGACAAUAGUGUGCUUGGAGAGGGAUUCUAAUUAUCCCAUGGGCGUCCACUCGUAUUUUACAUAUCAACUACACGGUUAAAAUAAUUUAAAAUAAAUUAUAAUAUAGAUUAAUAUGUAAUAUACCACUCUAUAAACACACGGCUACUGUAAAUCGUAUUCAUGUCAAAAUUGUUACUUUCGUUAUAACUGGAAGAAGUUAAAUUUAAAAUUGCUUGUUUUAUGAGGUGAUAUAUUACAUAUUAAUCUUUUUUUUUAAUUUUUUAAAAAAACUUUAAUCAUUUAAGUGACAUUUAAUAAACGAGUGGACGCCUACCAGGAAAUAAAAAGAGUUUCCCUAGUGUGCUUCUGCACCAUUGCUUCAGUUUGAUUCAAGGUUUGUCAAAAGGAAAUGCCUAAUUUCCACGUAGAUAUUGGUGAUAUCAUGUAGUUUCUUCUCUUUUUUCAAUUCAAGGUUGAGGUGCUUAUGACAUUGUACUUGCACACAGUUUCUCUUUCAAAAAAAAAAAGAAACUCAUAUUGGUAAUGUCAUGUCCGACUUACAAAAAUACAGGUACUAUUCACCCACUAUUCACUCUACACAUGAAGAAAAAAAUAUUUGCGCUAUACGUACUAUUUGUUGUCUAAUUUUAUUAUUUUUGUUUAUUUUCUCUUAUUGUAAAUUGAACUUACCUUGCAUGUUUAUCUGUAGAUUUAUAUCAUUGAUGUUAUCAUUUUUUUAUUUCUUUUAUAAUUAUUUGAGUCUUGUGUAAAUAACAGGUGAGAGUGAGAUUGUAUCUAUGUGUAAAACAAACAUUGUUCUAGUGGAUAUUAGUUGACUAUCCUAUGGAUAAAUUCUCAGGGUGAAACACUCCACAAUAUGGGGUGACGUUUCGCGUUGAAAUGUUAGUGUUUCAGCACGAUUGUGAGACAUGUUAUUGUCAAGUGAAAUACUAUAUAGUAAAACAUGUCACGAGUAAUUGUCUGAACUCGAGAUCGCAGCCCUUUGGUCAACGGUCAGUGUUGAU